GUAGCAAAUGACUGCUGUCUCAACCGCCAAACAGGAACAGGCUUUCAUAAUGAGCGAAAGCGUGGGCGGACGACAUGAAGUUAAAAAGGAAACCCGAAAAACUGCUUUGCCUAUCUGAUCUUCCGCCGCCGCCGCCGCUUCUUGACUAGCCCAGUGGCAUUCUUACAGCUCGCUCUCAGCAGUCUGCGUCACUCUUCCAUCGGUGAGACCCGGCUGACCUCAUGGUGUUGGGACACCAUGGCUGGACUCUGCGGAGGAGGCAGACCUCUACUCUGGCUUAUUAUCUUAGGGUUGUUCUAUCUGGGGUCGUGCCAGUUUCACUUCAUAUCUCUCGCAAGGACGUACAGCGAGGCCAAGACCUACUGCAGGCAGUGGUUCACUGAUUUAGCCACGGUCCACAACGCCAGUGAAAUGGCAGAGAUCCUGUCCAUAUCCAUCCGCCAAGGCAGAGCGUGGAUCGGACUGGAGCUGGGGAGGACUCAGACCUGGCACUGGUCUGAGGCCGAGCACGCCGUGGACUUUUUUAACUGGGCGGCCGCAGAGCCCGGGGACUCCAGUCAGGACCGAUGUGUUGCCAUGGACGCGCAGGGUGGCUGGUUCCAAAGUGACUGUGAUACAAGAAGGAGCUUCGUGUGUCACGAUGGUGUCAGCCUGCUGUUUGUCGCGACCCAAAAGUCGUGGCGAAACGCUCAAAGACAUUGCAGAGAUUUAUCGCAGGACCUGGUGAGCAUUCACUCCGCUGCUCAGAACCAGGCUGUCCGGACCCUCACCAGCAACCAAAUCGUGUGGACCGGACUCUUCCAAGACGCGUGGGUGUGGUCAGACGGGAGCCCGUCCGCGUUCCGCUUCUGGAAGCCGAAUCAGCCAAAUUACCUGACGGCUCAGGAGUGUGCCGUGACCGUGCUGAGAGACGACGGGCGGUGGAACGACCUGCGAUGCAGACUGACCUUGAGAUUCUUCUGUCAAGGACCCAGCAGAGACGCUCAAACCACAUCUCAGACAAGCACACUGGCGGACAGGAGAGCAACCACAGCUGCAACUCAGCCACGCGGAACAUCUGUGGUCGACCCGACCACCGCUGCUCCGCAACAGCAGUCCACCAGCCCUCAUGUCUCACCACCAACCAGAACAGCUGCGUUGACUCGACCAACACCGCUCUCCAAUGCAACAACGAAAGCCACGACAGUUGCGGUGACACGACCUACAUUGCUCCUCAAUGCAACAACGAAAGCCACAACAGUUGCAGUGACACGACCUACAGCAAUCUUCAGUGCAACUACGAAAGCCACAACAGUUGCAGUGACACGACCUACAGCGAUCUUCAGUGCAACUACGAAAGCCAGGACAGUUGCGUCAACCCAGCCUACAACCCACAACAACGCAACAACAAAUGCAAGCAUAGUUGUGUUGACUCAACCCACGUUGCUCCUCAAUGCAACAACAAAGUCAGGUGUGAGCGCGACACAACUGUCCACAGCGACAGAUAUGACCUUGCCAACACACACAGCAACUACAGGGUGGACUUCCUAUGCAGUAACCACCAGCGGACAACAUUCUUCUCUGGGUGAAUACAUAUUGAUCAGGAAAAACCUGACAUGGAUGGAAGCGCUAAGCUACUGCAGGCAUCACCACGCAGACCUGGCUGACAUCCCCACCACCUCAGCUCAGGAACUGGCAGCUGCAUUGUCGAGGAACGCCACCACAGCUCACGUCUGGCUGGGCUUACGCUUCACCUGCAACUUCGGCUUCUGGUUCUGGACCAGCUCCGCUUCCCUCUGUUACCACAACUGGGGACCAGGGCACGGCUCCGCUGCAGACUACGGGUGUGGAGCCACCGGAGCCAUGGAGGCCACAGGGGGGCAGCAGUGGGUCGGCCUGCCCGAGACUAGAAAACUGAACUUCAUCUGCCGCCUCUGCCAGUGAAGGAACGUUUUUUUCUGCAGUUAGAUGGAAAAAUACAAACGUGCUGGUCAUACCAGCUGAAUUAUGAAUCACGUGAACGACUGGACUUCAGCUGCCCGUCCCUGCAUUGUUAGAAUCCAGCUGCCUGCUCCAUUGUUGAGGCUGAAUUUCAUUAAAACCUCAUGUGGUGUGUAGGCGUAUGUGUUCACAGUCAUGGGCAGCAAAAGUAAUGUGAGAACAUUGAUCCUCUGCUUUCACUCCGGGGUUACAUUUGCAUGUUGACCCCCUGGAUCGGGCCCCCAAACUGGCUUUUGUAAGCCAUCAGAGUAAAGUCCUGAGCCAGACUGCCUGCUGCCCCUCGCUGACCUGACCUUCACUGGCCGCCACAUGGUGGACAGAGCGCCUUCCUGUCUGCAGCCUCGAGAAGCUCCUCACCUCAUCAGUCAUAUACGUGAGAUUAGGUUGUGUGCUCAGGAGGACGUUACACGUUAAUGCCACUUCAUGCUGCUGUAAAAUAA